AUGAGCCACCAAGGUCCCCCGCCACCUCCGCCGCCCCAUGGCGAGAAUCCUAAAACCACGAGCGGCGGCGGCGGUGGUGGCCUGGGUCCUGGCAACUACGACAUCUUCGUUAUCCCGCAACGUGACAAGGGCGGAGGAUUCAUUUACCUGCCAUCCAUGAGCCCCAACGGCCCCAGCUUCGCUGCCGGUUUUGCUUCCGCCCUGGUGCUGGUUGUCAUAUUCCAGAGCAUGGCGCCAGCCUUUCAAGUAUGGUGGAGCAACUUCCAAGGCAUGGGCAGCAUGGGCAUGACUCUCCUGUUGAUAGCAGUCGCCAUCGGGGCGUGGGCCUGGGGUAAGUCGCAGGCCGCGCAGGCCGAGGCCUCUUCGUCAAACGCCGGUGGUCACGCCGGCACCGGAGGCUCCUACGGUGCCCGACCGAAUCCCCAGGCGCACAGCAGCCCACCUCCCAACACUGGUGGCCCCCCGCCGCCUCCGCCGCCACACAACGAACCGCCCCCCUCGAACCAAAAUCGCGGAGGAGGCCCCAAGACCUCCUGGCAACAAGCACCGCCUCAGCCGGAAGAAGCGCCCCCGCCGGAACCUCCACGGCCCGAGACGCCGCCUCCAAGACCAAAGACUCCUCCAAGACCAAAGACCCCUCCGAGGCCGAAAACGCCUCCGCCGAGGCCCAAGACACCACCCGCCAGGGCGAAGAGUCCGCCGCCAAAGCCAAAAACGCCGACGCCUGCGCCGCCUCCCAAACCGAAGGAGGAUUCGACGUGGGAGAAGGCCCGCGAGGAAACCAGGAGGAGAGAGGCUGAGCGCAAGGCAAAGCUUGAGGAAGAGAAACGGAAAGCCGAGGCCGCCCGCAGGUUACGCGAGUUCCGAGAAAAGGAGGCUCGUGAACGAGAACGACGCGACAAGGAAGCUCGUGAGCAGCGGGAGAAGCUGGAGCGAGAAAAUAAGGAAAAGGAAGAGCUCAAGGCGAGACUUGAGAAGGAGACGCGAGAACGAGAACGCCUCGAAAAGGAAAAGGCUGAUAGGGAAGCCAAAGAACAGGAAGAUGCUCGCAAGAAGGAGAUAGAAGAUCUUCGUAGGAAAGAGGCCUGGGAGAGAAAGAAGCGUGAGAUGGAGCUCAAGAUCAAGCGCGAGGCGGAGGAGAAGGCCAAACGCGAGGCGGAGGAGGCCGCGCAGAAGGCUCGUCAGGGAAGUACGUAUGCUUACUCGGGGGUCGGCGAGAAGACCAGCCUCCGAGACGGCGCCCAAGCUCCAGCCCCCCCGUCUUCACCGUCGCCAACAAAGCCAGCUCCUUCUACAGCUCCGUCGAACAACGCAAAACGGCCGCCGGCCCCAUCUGCCUCUGCCUCGGCGAGGACGCACUUGCGACCCGACGACGAUGCGUACUCGUAUCGUCCGUACGACACGCCCAAGUCGUCUCGCCGGACGGCGCCAUCUUCCGUGGGCUCCGAAUCGUCCUGGGCGCACUCUGCCACGACGGCCCGCACGACGCCGCCGCCUAGCAUGCGCGGUCCGUACACGACGAAGGACCCCGACAAGAUUGUGAUCAAGGCGGUGUAUCUGUUCAUGAACCAGUACGCUAAGACGCCGGCUAGCAACUUGCUGUCAGGGAUCGGUACUGUGACGGACGGCCUCAUUCUCCGGAUCACCACCGAGGGUCUCUUCAUCGACGACGAUGUUCGAGGCGUCCCGCAGCGAGAGUGGGAUGUCAAAGCAUGGACACUGAAGCUUGUCGAGGUAUGGUGUCCCCCGCACUGCCUGUCUGGUUCUUCGUCUUCUUCUGCGUCUGGCCCAUCUGCGAACCAACCGACGAGCUUUCUGCACAAGAUGGCCCAAGCGCAGCGUGCUACUCGCAACUCGGCGGCGGACAGGGGCGCCAACAAGCCUUACCUCGGUGAUGAGGCUGAGGUGUACCUGGCCGACAUGUUAAAGUCGUGCAAGGAGUGCUGCCGUCUCGGCCUGUGCGAGAGCAAGCUACGCAACACGAACAUGCCGUCUUCUGCCGGACAGGCGGGAGAGUGGAAGUCCAAGGGGUUGCAUGUGCUGCGGGCAACGGUGCGGGAUCAGGAGGGCAAGCGCUACUUGUUCGUCGUGGACGAGGAGGAGGCGUGGAAGUUGUCAGUCGGUCUCUCUCGGCUGCGCAAAGGAACCCAGGUGCGUCAACUGGGGGUCAGCGGCAUGACGGCGACGGAUGCGAGAACAACGCUCGACCUGCUGGGUUGGUUGUAG